AUGGAUUCACUUACUCUUCUUCAACAAUGGUGGCAAGAACCAGGAAAAACAUCUCUGUUCUGUCCCAUCUUCUUCUGUUUUAUUAUAUUGUUUUCUUUUCUGUUUUUAUUUAAAACAACAAGGAAUUAUUACAAACUAAAUCUACCACCAUCUCCACCAAAAUUACCCAUAAUUGGAAACCUUCACCAGAUAAGUGCACUUCCUUACAAAUCCUUCACAUCCCUUUCUAAUAUUUAUGGCCCUUUAAUGCUUCUGCGCUUAGGCUAUGUUCCUACUCUUGUGGUUUCUUCUGUAGAAAUGGUUAAAGAAAUUACCAACAAUCAUGAUGUUAUUUUUGCAGAUAGGCCUUCUUUGACUGGUGUAGGUAUUGUGUUGAAUGGAUGCCUUGACAUGGCAUUUGGCCCUUACUGUGAUUACUCAAGGGAAGUAAAGAAGCUUUGUGUUCUUCAACUUCUGAGCCACAAAAGAGUACAACAGUUUCAUUUCAUAAGAGAAGAAGAAGUUGAGAAAAUAGUUGAAAGGAUACAACGCGUGAAUGGAGCUCCGAUUAAUCUAAGUGACAUGUUUACCAGUCUUGCGCAUAAUAUAUUAUCAAGAUCAGCCUUUGGUUCCCUAUAUGAAGAUCAAAAUGGUAAGUAUAAGAGUUUUGGUGAAUUAGCAAGAAAGACAAUGAAUCUUUUAUCAGCUUUCUGCUUUAAAGAUUGGUUUCCCUACUUGGGAUGGAUUGACCAUCUUACUGGAUUCAUUAGAAACUUGAAAAUGAUUGCGGAAGAAUUAAAUGAGUUCUUGGAUCGAGUGAUCAAAGAACGCGAGGCAUUGAUGAAUGAUAAUGAGAAAGUUGAAGAUAAGAAUUACUUAAUAGAUAUCCUUCUUUAUCUUCGAAAGGAGGAGCAGGAGCUUCAUCUUUCUAAAGACAACCUUAAAGCAGUGCUUUUGGACAUGUUCGUUGCAGGAGUAGACACAACAGCAGCAACAAUGGAGUUUAUGAUGGCAGAGUUGAUAAAGAAUCCAAGAAUAAUGAAGAAAGCUCAAGAAGAGAUAAGAAGGGUAGUUGGAAACUCCAAAUCAAAUAUAACUGUAUCUGAUAUAAAUCAAAUGGAAUAUUUAAAGUGUGUAAUGAAAGAGACACUAAGGUUUCAUGCCUCUGGAGCAAUAGCUCGACAAACAUCAGCAAAUGUUAAGCUUAAAGGCUACGACAUUCCAGCAAAAACAAGAGUAAUAAUUAAUACAUGGGCAAUUCAUAUGGAUCCCACUUUGUGGGAUAGGCCUGAGGAGUUUUUGCCAGAGAGAUUUCUUGACAGUACAGAUGAUUCUGAUGGAGAACAAAAAAAUCCGUUAUUUUCAUUUGGAACUGGAACAAGGGUUUGCCCUGGAAUGUCAUAUGCAUAUGCAGAAGUUGAAUAUGCAAUUGCUAAUUUGCUGUAUUGGUUUGACUGGGAGUUGCCUGAUGGAGCAAGAGUAGAAGAUUUGGAUAUGAGCGAAGUUAUUACCAUUGUUAUUCGCAAGAAAACACCUCUUUGGGUUGUGGCACAUUCCUAUUUUCCUUGAUUUGGACUUUAGUUUGUCUUUCUCCGUGUUGGAGAAUUUCGAAUCUGUUACAGUCCAGUCCAAAGUCCAAACAAUAUAU